AUGUCAUCGUCAACAACAUCAACAUCAACACCACAAAAAGAGAUUGUAGUUUUAAAGAGCAAUCAUCAAGUUAAAGGAUUAUUCACAUUGAUCAGAGACAGAGAGACCAAACGUGAAGAUUUCAUCUUUUACUCUGAUCGUUUGAUUAGAUUGUUGAUUGAAGAGGGUCUCAACUGUUUGCCAUUCAGCGAAACCAAUGUCACCACUCCAACCGGUGCUACUUACAAUGGUGUAUCAUUUGCCUCAAAGAUCUGUGGUGUAUCGAUCGUUCGUGCCGGUGAAUCAAUGGAAGCUGGUCUUCGUGCCGUUUGCAAGCAAAUCAAAAUUGGAAAGAUCUUGAUUCAAAGAGACGAAGAAACUGCCAGACCAAAAGUAACCUAUCCUAGAAAUCAAAUAUAUAUAUCUAAAGAAGAAGAAGAAGACAAGUUACCAGCUGAUAUUGCCAAUAGACAUGUAUUAUUACUUGACCCAAUGCUUGCAACUGGUGGUACCGUUGCACAAGCCGUCGAGGUGUUGUUGGAAAGAGGUGUCAAGGAGGAAAACAUUAUUUUCAUCAAUUUGGUUGCUGCUCCAGAAGGUAUCCGUUUCUUUACCGCUAAAUUCCCAAAGGUAUCCAUUGUCACUGGAGAAAUUGACUCUAAUCUCAAUGACAAGAAAUAUAUUAUCCCAGGUAUUGGUGAUUUUGGUGAUAGAUACUUUGGAACUGAACAUUAA